CUCACCAAUAGAAUGAAAAGAGAUAUUGAAGAGAUAUUUGAAUUGUAUGAUACCGAUCGGAAGGGUUACCUAACUAAAAUUGAAUAUAAAUUAGCUUACAUAUCACUCAUGGGACAUAAACCAUCAAAGUUUGAAAGGAAGGAAUUGUUUUCAUCAAGUAGACCUGUAGUAAGGAGACAAUUCUUCAUGGAAUUGAUGAAUAAGAAAUUAAUGAGAUCUGAUCAGCAAGAUAGAAUCAGAGAAAUAUUCAAUACAAUUGACAGUGAAAGGAAAGGCUUUAUUACUCUUAAGGAUUUAACUAGG